AUGUCGAAGCGGCCAAGUACAUCAACGCAUCCGGCCGAGGAUGAUGAGGAUAUUCCUGCAGAAUGCCAUGAUAAAAUGAUAGCGGAAAAUCCCAAUGACUACGAAGCACAUUUUGAAACGGAAAAUGUUCAAGGAACAUCAUUUCGUGCACCGUUAUUGUCUACACAUCUUGAGUUUCUAGAGCAUCAUUCACCCGAUAUGACAAUGAAAGAGUUACUUAGUAGGAAAAGAGCUCGUACCCAACCAACAGGAUUCAUCGAUCAUUCUCAAUCAAGGUAUUAUGAUCGUUACAAGCAACAGGAGUAUACACGUCGCAACGAUUACAUGAAGUAUUGCCACGUUUGUCGUAAGAAGACCGUGGGAAAACUUCGAGUGCUACCAGGUGAUCUGAGGAUGAGAAAAGUAUGGAUCCUCCGCUCGAAUCUGGACGAAGAAAGGUCUGCAGAAUUGUGGCUGCGGGAAAUGGCUUGUGAGGGAUCGCACGGAGGAGAAUUUUGUGAAUCUCAUUUUCCACCAGGAUCGCAAAAUCUGAAAGGAAAUCAAUUACUUCCCAUUGACGUUCGUCCUGUGGAAGGGAGACAUUCGGUAAUGGAAGAUAUCCAAUUUGAUUUUGAUGCCAUCCACCUUCAAUGUGUUUUCUGCGGUAGAGACGGACCUCUUGCUACUAUGCUCCCUUUCAUACGAAAUCGCGCGAAGAGAGGCCGGUGGAUUGACGUUCUGGCUGCUGGUAACAAUGAUUACAAAUCUCGGUUGACAACUGCAUUGAGAGGCGGAGUAACACAGUUCUUGUGUGAUUUUCACAUAGGUGACGGCAGCUUCGAAAUUAACGGAUUUGGAGAGUGGCGUCUUCUACGGAACGCUGUUCCGAAUCCGAGACUUACUGCAGCAGACAAAAUAGGCGAACGAAAAUAUUUAGUGGACAAAUGCCGCGAUGAGUUAUUCUGGGAUCAAGAAUUGUGGAAGAAUGCUGAUCUAAUCAGUCAGAUGACUCCAGGAGAAGAUGAUGACUUGAUUCAGGAGUUUUUGUCAAAUGGCGUUCAAAGUGAUGUAGGGAAUCAAGAAUCGUCUCUACCGCCUCCCAUGGUGCAAGUCACAAAAAAUAAUACUGUCAACGCAGAAAUACCAGGAACUUCCACUCCGUCAACGUCUACUAUCAAACUUGAGACAAAAGACAUAUCUUCGCUUGAGGAUACCCAGUAUUCCGAUGAUUCGGACGAAGAAAACGAAAUGAUUGAAAAGAUGGGAGAAAUUCCGUAUUCAAAACGUCUUUGUCAAGUGUGCAGUGCCGUUGAACCGAUAGUAAACGAUUAUCCAUCUAACUUCCCCUACAAGUUUACAAUCCGGACUUGGCCGUUUGACGAGUUCCGACACAGGAAAUGGCUAGAAAUCAUGGAUUGGCCUCUUGAAUUCGAGGAAUCGAUGAAGACGUUAUGGCAAAAGAGAAAAACCGAAGGCUCAUUGUCACAAUCUUACCAUUUUUGUCCCAUCAAUGUUUGUCAGUCUCAUCUGGAAUAUAGACAACUUCCACAAAGAAUGGAGCAUUGGCAUCAAACCUUCUGUGUGCUUUGUGAUUCGUGCAUGAGUGAUAAGAAUCUUCUUGUCCAAAUUCCACAUGAUCUUGAAACGCGGAGAAAAUGGGUGGAUAGUCUCUUUCCAUUUGACGAUUCGAGUAAAUUUCAUAUUAAAAAAGUUAUCUGGCUACGUCGUCGAUUUCUCCGCCCGAAACCGACUCGAUAUCGUAUCUGCGUCUAUCAUUUCAGCCAGAAAUCCUUCUUGGUUGAUAGCGAAGGAAAGAUGGUUCUCGAUCCUGAAGCGCUACCCCUUCCAAUGGAUUCUGAUGAUUUCGAUCUAACACCCCGCGGACCGAAUUCUGUCUGCAAGUGCAUUCUAUGCGAUGAUUGGAAGAGAGUUGAGGAAAUGGUGACUCUUCGGAAUCCGAACUCUGAUGCCGAAAGAGCUUUCCUCGUGGAUAUUCUUAUUCAUACCGAGAAGAUUAUUGUGAAAAAAUCACUCAGUGCAUUGGCCAAAGCAAAUCGGUCAGCACUGAUCUGCAAUGCUCAUUUCGCGGAUGGCAUGGACCCAUUCAGUAUUAUUGCCGAACGUCGAAUUAUGUACGGUGUUCAAGCCGAAUGUGUGUUAUGUGGUCAUGCUAAUGAUUGCACUACGAUGAUCCCGUUCCCUGGGUUGGAAGACGGAAAGCUACGUACCAAAUGGAUCAAUUCGAUGUGUCGGGAGCCGUGGAUUUAUCGGUAUCUCACGACACGUCUCGAAAAACCUGGACGACACUACCUGUGCGCUUCCCACUUCAACCGUAAUUCUCUUCGAUAUCAUGCAGGCCUUGGCCUGUGGAAAAGAUCGACAGCUUGCCCAGUGUUAUCGUGCACAACUGAAGAAGAAAGACAAGGGGUGUGGGAUUUGAGCAAAUCUCAACCACUCUACCAUCCACUGGUUCUCGAAGCAUUUGACGUUGACGGUUUUGGACCACUUCAUUACGACGACGUUUUGAAUUUUCUUGGUGCCGAGAGAAUGCUUGAGAUUGAGAAUGAGUUGAAUUUCCAUGGACGAAGUGAAACAUUCAUGCGUAGAGAGACUCGGAGAAAGCAUGGUCGGAGCUUUUAUGACGAUAUGCCAAACAUAUUUGCUCCAGAAGAUCUGGAAGAAGUAGAAGAACAUGUUGUGGAAGAAGAAGCGGUUCCAGAAGAAUGUCUGAUAUAUGAGACUGAAAAUCCACUGGAAGGAGACGAAGCGCUUGUUGUAGAAGAAGAGGUUGUUAUUGGUCAAGAAGAGUGA